AUGUGGAUCCCUUCGAGCUCUUGGUACAGGCAUACUCGAAAGCGCAACAGGCAAAUCGCGACUGGCGCGAUCCCCAUACCCACUGGCGCGAAAGCAGUUGCUCCUGCGCAGAGCAGAUCCAAGCGAGCUCGCUCUAUCUCAGACGAGUUACAGGGUCAGCAAGCAAAUAAACAGCCGAGAACAAACCCUACCCCGCCUGCCACAGAUGUAAUCCCUCCACAACAACAGCCACAGCCACAGCCACCGCGCCGCCAACUCUCACCAAGGGAGAGACUAGGUGUGCCGCCUGAUCGUGGAGCGAGUGUAGAGCAUGAGCCAGGAUUUCGGGCUCCGGGCUACGAAGAGCCUGAAGUCGAGGUUGUACCGCCCGAGGAACUACAAGGAGGAAUGGAUGGGAAUGCAGAGGGCAGGGGAGAUAGCGAGCCAGGGAAUCAACCACAGUCAGGCGAUUCCGAUCACCCUGGACCACAUUCAGGGCCACGACGCAAGGAUCUCGACCUUCCCACUAGCUCGCCUGUCAAGCUUUUGGACGAUACGCUCAAGAACAUCCACAAGAUGCGCAAGGCCACUCUGAAAGAGAGUCAACUUGACGACGAUAGCUUCUAUCGCCUUCAGAAUCCUCCUCAGGACCCGCCAUCUUUCACCAAGGACGAGCGCCAUUCGAUCGACCUCUACAUGCUGCAUAGCGGCCCUCAGAAGUACGAAGGAAGCUGUGAGGCAGACAUGCGCCAUCACCCAGAGGAUAAGCUUCUCUCCCACCACGACGUCAAGAAGAAGAUCUCCGAAGUGACGGGAACACCACCUAUGCUGCAUGACAUGUGCCCAGACAGCUGUAUGGCGUAUACGGGCAUUUGGGAGGAUGCGGAAUCGUGCGCAAAUGAAGCUUGCAAGAAGCCUCGGUGGGAUCCCGAACAGCUGAAGAACGGUGUCAAGAAGCCACUCGCUCAGUUUUGUACCUUCCCUAUCGGUCCGCAGGUCCAGGCGCGUUGGCGCUCUCCCGAUGGUGCUCAUGACAUGGGUCACCGAGAACGGGAGAUGGGGCGCCUGCUGGAGGAGCUUCUCGGUCCCGAAGGUCUUGCGUCGCUCGCUGACAUCUAUCAUGGAACCAACUUCUACAAACCCUAUCUUCGCGGCGAGAUCGGACGCGACGACUUCGUGCUCAUCUAUUCCAUGGAUGGAGCGCAAUUGUUCAAGCACAAGACAUCGAGUUGCUGGAUCUAUAUCUGGAUACUCGUCGACGUAUCCCCUGAUAAGCGCUACAAGAAGAAGUACGUACUCCCUGGCGCCAUCGUUCCCGGGCCGAACAAGCCCAAAAACCCAGACUCGUUCAACUAUCCUGGCUUUCAUCACGUCUCCGCACUCGCCAACGAAGGGAUGUUGAUCUACGACGGUCUUCGGAAGCGGAUCUUUCGCUCUCGACCCUACGUGUUUCUGGCAGAAACGGAUGCCGUCGCUGCACCCGAGCUUCACGGUUGGGUUCCUCAUGGUGGGCGCAAGGGUUGCCGACGACGCUGCGGGACUGUAGGCCGGCACAAGCCCAAUGGCUCGCAUUACUAUGCCGUCUCCGCUCGUCCUGAUGGCUACAAUGAGGCCGGCUGCUCUCAUGACGACAUUGAGCCAUCCCAGCUCCCUCCAAUGCAAACGGAGGAGCAGUAUGUCGCCGAGCUCACGCGCAUCUGUCAAGCACCCAGUAGUCAGUACGAGAAGUUGCGUCUAGAACUGGGAAUCGUCAAACCGUCCAUCAUCCUGGGCAUCCCUCGCGCCCAUCGCUCUGACAUCCCAGACAUAUUCUGCGGAGACAUCAUGCAUUCGUGCGGCCUCAAUAUCACCAACCACGUCCAGAAGCUUCUGCGCGGGAUUCUCGAAUGCGAUACAGACCUUGGUGACAUGAGAUCGACUUGGAGCUGGGUCAAACUCGUAGGCGAUGAGUGGGAGCGCCACGGCCGCCUCGUAUCCGGUGCUCGAAAGUACCUUCCAGGAGACAUUGAUCGCCCUUCACGCAACCCUUGCCGAAAGGUGAAGAGUGGUUACAAAUGUGUUGAGUUCCUCGUCUGGAUCUACGGUCUAGCACCUGCAUUUCUGUACGAUGUCCUUGAAUUCGACGACUGGAAGUGGCUCUGCAAACUCGCAGCGGGUACACGCAUCAUAUUCCAGAAUGAAGCUACCUACGCCGACCUGGAUCGGGCUCAUAUCCUGCUCUCCGACGUCAAGUACGAUCUCGAGGACCGCUUCGCCCAACACAUGAUCUCGCGUAUGCACUUCAUGCCACAAUGCACCCACGCCAUCACACACCACGUCAACGACUACCUCCGCAACGGCCCUCUCAUCGGCACAUCGCAAUUUCCCAUCGAACGUGCCAUCGGCGAUCUCGGCGCAGAGAUCAAGCAACCGUCGAAUGCAUUUGGCAAUCUCGCUGAAAUCGCCACUCGUCGCGCUCACUUGAACGCACUCAAGGCCAUGUAUCCUGAAUUGGCCAAAGAGCGCCCCAUUGGAGGGACACAGCCACAUCUUCGUGCCGAGUGUGGUCAUGGCGCGACGAUACUGCAUCCUCGCGACGAGCGACCGCGCGAGUUGCACGAUGUGGCCCAGAAGGACGCUAUACUCGCAUGGUUGUCCACCGACAGCGUUGCCGGCUCCGAGGAGGCUGGGAGAAAGUGUUGGGAGGAGGAGGAUGGGAGUUUUGUGAAACGCUGGGGGCGGUGCGUCCUGCGAAACGGUCAGAUUGCGCGUUCGAGGCUCAAAGAGUGUGGCAAACGCGGGAUUACCCGCAAUUCUCGCAAUAUCAAAUAUAAAUCGGAGGACGGGUACCACUACGCCGAAGUGUACUUCUUCUUCCGCAUCCGCGUGCGCGGGCAACUCAAAUGUGUCGCUCUCGUGUCCGACUAUGGGAAUGCAGACGAAUAUCUGCUCGAGCAUUCGUCGGGUGCUGUGUGGGCUGCAGAAUAUCGCGCCGAUGCCGGUCUAAAGGUCAUUGAGAUCAGCUCAAUCGUCGGCGUCGUCGGCAUGAUCCCGCACACAUUUAAGACACCCGUCACAGGCGGUCUGGCAAAGUUAAUGUACUUCGCGUUCGAGAAGCUGGGUGCAAUCAUGCGCCAUGCACCCGGGGAAGAUGUCGAGGAGGAAGAUAAGGAUGAUGCGGAGUUGGAGGAUGAUGACGAGGAAGAAGAGGACGAGGACGAGGACGAGAUAAUGCUCAUGUAG